GGGGGGGCCGGGUGGAGAGAAACCAUCUGCCAGCAGAGACCCAGUGAACUGAAUGACUGCUGUCCCCAGUGGCCAUGGGGAAGAAGCUGGUGAUGGCCCAGAAGCGUGGAGAGACUCGAGCCCUCUGCCUGGGGGUGGCAAUGGUAGUGUGUGCCGCCAUUACCUACUACAUCCUGGGUACCACUGUGCUGCCCCUCUACCUGAAAAGUGUGUGGACUCUGGAAUCCACCUGUCACCUGAUUGAAACCAACAUCAAGGACCAUGAUGAGGUGGAGGGCAAGAAGGUGCCCCAGUACCCAUGCCUUUGGGUCAAUGUUUCAGCUAUGGGCAGAUGGGCCAUGCUGUAUCACACAGAGGACACUCGGGACCAAAACCAGCAGUGCUCCUAUAUCCCUAGCAACCUGGACAACUACCAGAUGGCCCUGGCUGAUGUGAAGAAGGUCAGAGCCAAUUUCCAUGAGCAGCAGGCUUUCUACUGUUUCUCUGCACCUCAAGUCAACGAGACCAGCGUUGUGUAUCGGCGCCUCUAUGGGCCCCAAGUCCUCCUCUUUUCCUUCUUCUGGCCCACCUUCCUUCUGACUGGUGGCCUCCUCAUUAUCGCCAUGGUGAAGCUCAACAGGUCCCUAUCCAUCUUGGCUGCUCAGAGGUAGACCAAUCCACUUUGCAUCACAGCUCGGGAGCCACCAUGGACAGCAGGGGUUGCAGGCAGGGCUGCUCAUCACUCUCUUCCUCUUGUUUCCUCUUUUGUUUGUUCAACAUCUUCGGGAAGUCAUUUCCUAGUCAAGAAAGCUUAAUCGCUUCCGGGUGCCUUUAGAGGACAAUGGGACAGCCAGUUUCAGUGCCCCACUACCUGUUCUCAAUUGUUUACAUCUAUUACUACUAUGUCACUGUCCACUCCCCAGAUGAUGGAUAUUGUCACCUCUGUUCCUACGUUCCCUCUCUUAGCUCAAAUGCCUGCCUAUCGCACCCAGGAUAUUGUCCUUGGCCAAAUUCGGCUUCUUUAAAUUAUCACAAAAACAAUAGCUCUCAUUUAUAGGGAAAUUCAUUAUAUUGGUUUUUGUUAAUGGCAUUAAGUCACACACAUAUUAUUCUGAAAUUUAAAAUUAACGCUGUCGUUCAGUAUCCACAGGACUAGGUCUGUGACGCCCACAGAUGCCAAAAACCCCUUAUAUAAAGUGAUACUGUGUGUGUGUGUGUGUGUGUGUGUGUGUGUGUGUGAAAAACCUCUGCACACCUUUCUAUGUGCCUCACAACAUCCUCACAUGACUCAUAACAUCUACCACAAUGUCAAUGCUGUAGAUGGUUUUUAUUCUCUACCGUUUAGGGAAUAACGAUGAGGAAGGGUCCAUCAAUGUUCACUAUAGAUGCAAUUUUCCCCCAAAUACUUUCAAUCUGCAGCUAAUUGAAUCCAAUGGAGCAGAACCUGAUGAUACAGAGUCCAAGCAUAUUCUCACAAUAACAAAAGUCUUCGAGGAAAUAAACACACAUUAAAAUAUUUA